UAAUAUCCAAAUUCAAUCAAUAAAACCAAAUCUAUUCCUCAAAAAACAAAUGAUCGGAACUCCCCAGCAAAUUCACCCCCUCCCCUGCCGGUUCUCUACUAUAUAGCAGCCUUUCCAGUAACAUUAGCCCUUGUUUCUCUUUUGCUCAUAUCAGCCAUGGACUGGUUCUCUUGGCUAUCCAAAACAGGCCUUGACCCUUCACUUGUAUAUGAGUACGGCCUUGCUUUUGCCAACAACGAGCUGGAAGAAGAAGACAUAAGCUACUUCGACCAUGAGUUCCUACAGAGCAUGGGAAUCUCCAUAGCCAAGCACAGGCUCGAAAUCCUCAAGAUUGCAAGGAAAGACAAAGGGUCGUCAUCAAGAUUCUCGCCGCGGCCCAUCUCGAGGUUCCUUGCAGCGAUCAAGAGGACCAAGAGGUAUCUAACCAAGUACGUCCGCACAUGGGUUCAUCAGGAGAAAUCAGCACUUGUUGUGGUUCCAAGGCCUACUUACAGCACUAAAUGGAGAGGUGCGAUGUUGAAGAGAAAUAGGAAGCAGACUUUGGUCAAUGCUAAUAGUAAGCCACCAAGGCUGCUUCUCACAAAUGGAAGUGCCUCAAUUGAUUAUCCAGUGGUCUAUGCAUUCAGCAAAGAGGACAAAGCGGAUGUCGAUGAUGGGUAUUGGUCAAAUGGUGUUGAGGAGAUCAGGUGGGAUACAAUGUUCCAAGAUUUGAAACCGACAUGAAGGUCUUGCAGAUUUUGGUAAAUUCAAUGUUUCUAUUACUUUUCCCUCUUUUGAAGAUGGGUUUUAUGUUAAUAUAGUUGGUGAGAGAUGGGUUUUGGUUCUUCCACCAAAAAGGAGUCUCGGUAAUUAAUAGUGUGUUCCUGUGUGUUUCAGAUUAGCUUGCUCACAUCCCUUGUGUUCUCUCUCUCUCUCUCUCGAGUGCAGGGGUCGUGAGGGAGUGCACAUAAUUCAUCAUUUAAGCUUCUGUAUCAGCUAUCAGAUUGUCUCCCCUGCUUUUUAUGUGUAAAUCAUAUCGCUAGCUAUGUGCAAGACAGAACAGAGCAGUAGGUGAUUUGUCAUGCUUUCUCACUGCAAAGUUCUGAGUUUCAGAUGAUGCCAAGUUUUCUCCAA